ACUGGCUUAGCUUCUUUCUUUCCUAUCUCCAUCUUAGAAAGCAAGGACUGAGGCUAUCAUAGUGGGAAGAUCAGCUUUCUUCUAUAAUGGCAUUUCUCUUUUUCUUUCUCACUCUCGCAUCUUCGCUGGAAGACGUCCUGUGGCAAGAAGAGAUCCUUUGGAUCCAAAAGUCAAGAGCAAACUAAAACAUCCAUGGGGAUAAGUCCACUAGGUUCUUCCAUACCAGUACGCUCUACAGGAGGAAGAGAAACAAAAUUGUCAGCCUUAAGAAUGAAGAUGGGGAAUGGAUCACUGAUCCUGACAAACUACAAGCCAUGGCAAGAGAGCACUACGUUCAGUUGUUCACCAAAGCCACCAGAUGCUCCCAGCAUACCAUCACUGCUUUAUUCCCGCCCCUGGAUAACCAUAUUUGGGAGCAAUUGAUUAAACCUCCUUCCAUUGAUGAUAUUCAUAAUAUUGUUAAGGACAUGGAUGGCCUUAAGGCUCCUGGAAAAGAUGGGUUCCAUGCUCUUUUCUUUAAAAGAUGCUGGAACCUUGUUGGCCAAGACUUCUUCUGUUUCAUUAAGAAUUGCUUCUGGAAUCCAGAUAGUAUAAGGCUCAUUAAUGAGACUCUACUGGCCUUUAUCCCAAAAGUUGAUUCCCCUAGCUCUAUGAGUCAAUUUAGGCCUAUCAUCCUUUGUAACGUUUGUUACAAAGUGCUAGCUAAAUGCCUCGCUAACAAGCUGAAAAACAUCAUGCAUAUUCUUGUGAAACCUAACCAGUCCAGUUUUGUGCCCAAUCGUCACAUUACUGAUAAUAUUCUUAUUUUGCAGGAAUAUGUACACUCAAUGGCAAAGAAGGUGGGAAAUAAAGGGAUAAUGCUUCUGAAGUUGGAUCUGGCGAAAGCCUAUGACCGCUUGGACUGGGAAUUCCUUGAAGAAACCCUGACCCUGGCAGGAAUCCCGCAAAGCCUGAUCAACAUCAUCAUGAAGUGCGUCACAAAAGUGGAUAUGCAGGUGAAGAGGGAAGGAGGUGAAACUGAGAGUUUCAAGCCAAGCAGAGGCCUCAGACAGGGAUGUCCACUCUCCCCUUACCUUUUUUACGCUCUGUGUUGAAAGAUUGAGACACUGUAUUUCUGAGGCUGUUAGUGAAAAGAGAUGGAAUCCGAUUGGACUCUCCCCUGGAGGACCCCCCCUGUCUCACCUCUUCUUCGCGGACGACCUCGUCCUUUUUGCAGAAGCCUCCUUGAAGCAAGCAGAAAUCAUCAACCAAUGUGUUGAUUGAUUCUGUGAUGCCUCAAGGGAGCUGGUGAGCAGGGAAAAGUCUAGAAUCUUGUUUUCCAAGAAUACUAGAGAGAGAGAUAGGAGAGACAUAUGUGAAAAACUUGGUAUCCAAUCUACCCUUGACUUAGGAAAGUAUCUAGGCGUCCCAGUUAUUCAUGGUAGGAUUAAUAGGAACACUUAUCGAUACAUCAUUGAUAAAAUUGACCUUAAACU